GUCUUCACGACUCCAGAGUGCUCAGUGAGAGCGGCCUCAACAUGCUGUUUGAGCGAAAUGUUGUUCCCUUGGAUGUCACUUUCUUGGUGACAAGGGGUACCCCCAGAUAAGGUGGCUGCUAAACCCCUUUUCUACGACCUCUCCCCAGGGCUCAGCUCAAUUAUAACAGGUGAGGCAAUAGGCCAAACAUUUAAUUUACUGGGCUACAGAAUACAGUGGGCUUUAUCUCAGUGUAAUUAAAAUUUGAAUCCACAUAAAAUGACAUGUAAAUAUUGUUUUAUCUGAGGGAUCACACGGAGCCUGGUAGAAAGGGGAAUAGGCCAGUGGAAGAGGAGAUUUCAUGUUCUCCAUGGAGAGGUGCAUCACAGCCCAAGCAAGGAUGGUCUGUCGCAUAAUAAUGGCUUCUUCAAUAUUGAACGACAUCUGCAAACUACGGCUCAUCCGUCUACCUCCCGACGAUGGACAAUCUGAAACUGACGAUGACAACAGUGACUAUGGCGAUGAUGAUGCAAGCCCCAGUGACAUAGGUGGACAGGGAACGCUUUUCCACCAGCACUUUACCAACCUUCACUUUAGUCAGUAGACAUGGAGGAUGGGAAGCCUGACCUGCUGCUGGUCAAAGAGGAGACAAUAGAAGAAGGACCAGAGAUCAUUGAUUUGCUGAGUGGACUAAAGAUGGGGGCACAAGGUGGUUGGCUGGAGGCUAACAGAGGAGACUGGGCUGCCAUCUUGGAUUCCCAGACCCAGACUGGUGCACCCAAGGGCUCAGGGGACAACAUCACUGAGCAGGCCAGGACCAGAGGCGACAUAGUGGAGAUCAGUGGAUGGGACAGUGUCCUCAACUCUGGAGUGGGGAACAACACCUUGAACCAAAACCAGAAACAGACAGUCGAACACAAAACAACAACCAAACUCAGUCUCCAUGACAACAGACUGGCUGAGACCAGGGCAAGGUGUAGAUUUGGUCUGCAGGGACCGGGAGGUGUCCUUAUGCGGCGGGACAGAACAGACACAGACUCGGCUAGCGAUGCUCCGUCCUGCUCCUAUAGUUGUGAUUCAGAGAGACUAAUGGUGCCUCAGGUUAACCCCCUAACAGGUGCAGCCUUUAGUCUGCCUUCUGUAGGGUCUAUCAACUGGAACAUGGACCCUGCGACAACACAGACACUCCCUGGCAUUUGUCCUCCUCACAAUCUCCUAAUGUUAAACCAGACCUCAGACAAUGCCAGUGGCUCAACACUAAAUGGCUACACAAGCCCAUUGACAAAUGACAGUAGUAGUAACGCUAUCACCAGAUCUGGUGGCAAAGAGAAGCGCUUCCCGUGUUCGUUCUGUGGGAAAGCCUUCAGUUUCCCCAAACAGGUGGAGAUCCACCAGAGGAUGCACACGGGGGAGAAACCAUUCAGCUGUCAUCUUUGCCGGGCUAGUUUCUCCCAGUUGUCCAACCUGAAGAGGCACCAGAGGGUUCACACUGGGGAGAAGCCUUACAGCUGCCCCCAGUGUGAGAAGAGGUUCUCCCACCAGCACCAUCUGAAGAUACACCUGAAGGUCCACAUGGGGGAAAGGUCUGUACGCACUGGGGAAAGAGUGUUCUCGGAGAGGAGUUAUCUCAGGAUACACCAGCAGAAAAUGCACACGGACAACGUAUAGUGAGUGUUAAAGGAAUAAUUAUUUUAUUUAGCGCUUUUCAUACAGUAUCUCACUUUUAAAAAACAGACAAAAACAAAAAGUGUGUCUUCUCCUUCAGGGUCCUGUCUAAUGCCUGGGCUCAUAGAAAGCCUGGACCUGGGUCUAGCCUUCCUCAGUUACCUCAUGGUUACCCCACUAAUACAGACAGGGUCAGGAUUGGUGUUCACGAGAGGUACCUAGCCUGUAACACAGCACACAAUCCCAACAACACCCAAACAAUGGCUAGAGGUCAAGGAGGGAGCUCAAAGACUAACCAUCUGAGGGUGGUGGCUCCUGCCUCCUCUGGUGUCAUUGGAUUACAACACGCGAGGCCGAGCAUGAGGACGGAUGCUGACAAGACAUACGCCUGCCCCAGGUGUGGGAAGCACUUCGCUAAGACUAAAUAUAUGAAGCAGCACCAGAACGUUCACACUAAGGAGGCCUUUCAAGUGCAAGCUAUAUUACAAGAGCUUCUCAUUCCUGAGUAGCCUUAUUAGACAUAGGAGUGUCCACAAUGGGGAGAAAUUGUAGCAGUGUGGCUUGAGAUAUAUACAAGGGAUAUCUUGGAACUAUUCUUUAGCUGUUAUAUUAUAGUCAUCAUGUGAAGUGUCUUGGGCUAAGAGGGUAAUUAACCAUAUAACAUUCAUUAAACCUUUGUUAACUUGUCAUUUAAAAUAGGCUUAUGUACCUGUUUUUAGAGAGACUAGGUUAGAAUAAGGACAGUUUCAUUUUUACCUUACUGAGGUGAUGUAGAUGGAAUAAAGUGAUAUUAUUAUAUAUUCUAACACACUUUUUUCUAAACUAGUCUGCUCUCUGCUUGAAAGAUACUGAUCAUAGGAGAUUUGAUGUGUAGUGUAAUAAGCAGUACCGCAUUUCAAAGAACAGCAUACAUCACUUUCAUUUAACCACACCCUUUGAGCUAUGACGUCAACCAAUAAGAUACUUUCUCUUCGGUGUAACGGAAGUGGGUGUGGCUAGGCGACAUGGCGGAAGCAGAUGUGGAACUGAAAUCGAAUGGCGGUGGAGAAAAGGAUGAGUGGACUUUUGUCCAAAAGAAUGGGAUAAGGAGAACAACUGUUGUGGAAAAUAUGUCUAGUUUUGAACAUAUCCCCAUUGUAUCCGGUAAGACUGCGGUUUUUGGAAAAACAAUGUAUGCCAGACUUGGUGAAUCUGUUUCCAUUUAGUGUGUUUCUGCUGAUCAGAAAAUAUGAAUAUAGUCUAUCUUGCAUUGAUGUGUCACCUGUCAAAGGAGUCUUGGAAGAAGUCGACAUUGCUCUACUGAAGAAUGAAUCUUGUGGUAAAUGGCAUGAAAGAGAAGAUUUUGUCUGUUCUUAGGAUUUUUAUGUGGAGUGUCUCCCUACCUGAGUGCAGCUGGGAUGUGUACUAUUCUGUGAGAGCCUUUAUAUACUUCUUAAUAAACUCAAAUGGAUAAGUUAAGUCAAAGUUAAAUGUUUUUUCAAACAAUCCAGGGGGGGGGGAAGCCAUAUUACAACCUGUGUGAUGAUUGCGUUGUCUGCU